CUGUACGGACUGCGCGCCUUUGCCUCCGUAACCGCGUAAACAUUUACGUCGACUUUUAAAAGUUUUAAAAUUGGAACUUAUUAAAAACAAACAUUCGUGAAGUGUAGCAGAGUUUUUUUUUUGGAAGAGCCCUAAAGUAAUAUAGAAUUGAAUAUUUUAAGACUAUUUUACGUUCCCGCCGGCUGUAAUUUAACAGAAAUCUCUGGUCAGCGUUUUGCUUUUGUUUUCGUGCUAGAGGUCGGGCGCGCGUGCGUUGGCGAUCUUCGGACGACGAUCGCUCCAAGUCCAAGCGGUCUCCUACUCCGGAUGAUGAGCGUGGGCCACACCAGCCGCGUACCAACGCGCCUAUCAUGCUCAACAUGAAGCUGAAGGAACGCCUGGCGCUAACCCUCAGCGCAUUUCUCGUGCUCUUCACUCUGAUGCUCAUCGUAGACUUGCAGAUGGACUAUGGCCUCUCUGGCCAUAGAGUCCCAUUGCACGGCCGCGUCAAGAUUGGGGACGAUGUUGACAAAGGACACUCGGCGUACAUCGAGUUUCGAAAGCGGUUUCUACAAAAGAGUAAUGGCAGUAACAGUUCCCGUGAAUUUGAGCAGUCUGCACCAAGUGAGACGAGUGGUGUCGAAGCUGAGCCUCAAACACCACCAGCACCCGCAGACAGAUUUGAAGACCUGCAGAGAGUAUUGCUGAUACAGCUGCAGGGGAAAUCUAUUGAUAACCCAGUCGUUGUCCCACCCAAUAGGGACUUGAACGUAAUGCGACCAGAAAAUCCCACUAUUGGUGAAAUGGAGGAUUUAGAACCCAGCGUGAACGCGACAAACUUAGAAAGGUUUCAACUGAGGAUUGCGCAACACGAACUAUACGAGGACGAAGAACCUUUGGUACGAGCAGUUCUUAAAGACAUGGAAACAACGCAAAUAGUGCACGUCGAGCAAAAGGAAGGUGGCACGCAACUCAAGCUGAUUAUAGACUAUGCGAAUGGUGUUCAAGCGUUAUUCAAACCGAUGAGAUUCGCACGAGACGUCCAGACAUUGCCGAAUCACUUUUACUUCUCGGAUUAUGAACGACAUAAUGCUGAGAUAGCAUCAUUUCAUUUAGACAGGUUGCUCGGCUUCCGUCGCGCAAUGCCAGUGGUCGGUCGCGUGUUGAACAUGACCACUGAGAUCUAUGACGUCACGGAAGGUGACAUCCUGAAGACGUUCUUCGUGUCGCCCGCGAACAAUUUCUGCUUCCACGGCAAGUGCUCCUACUACUGCGAUACGGGACACGCCAUAUGUGGCAACCCUGACAUGUUGGAGGGUAGUUUUGCCGCGUUCCUGCCGUCCUCAGAUCUAGCAGAGCGAAAGGUAUGGCGACAUCCGUGGCGCCGGUCGUAUCACAAGCGACGGAAAGCUCAAUGGGAGUUACAGUCAGAUUACUGUGAAACGGUGCGUACGACACCACCCUACGAUUCUGGCAGACGACUACUGGAUUUGAUGGACAUGUCCAUAUUCGACUUUCUCACUGGAAAUAUGGAUAGACAUCAUUAUGAAACAUUCAAAAUGUUCGGCAAUGAAACGUUUACGCUUCACUUGGACCAGGGCCGAGCAUUCGGCAAGGCAUUCCACGACGAGCUGAGUAUUCUUGCGCCGCUGCUGCAAUGCUGUCUCGUUAGGCAUACCACCUUAGCAACCCUACUUAAGUUUCACAACGGAGUGCCAUUAUCUUCAGUACUUCGAGAUUCCAUGAAGUCAGAUCCAGUUAACCCAAUACUUUGGGAGCCACACCUAGCCGCUUUAGACAGAAGAAUUGUUGUGAUUCUUGACGCUAUCAGAAAAUGUAUUGAGAACGCUGAGAAUCCCCUACAGAAUGAUAUCAACGAUUUUGUAUAACGGAUGCAAAAUGGGCCGACAAUGUCACAAUACAGUAAUAGAACAGUACUUUAACUUCAAAUUAGAGCGCCAGAAACGACGCACGCACAUAUAGACACGAUUUACACGGCCGCUAAGCAAUCUAGGGGAAACAAAACUAUUGAGUGCCACGCCGUACGCAACCGGGACAGGUCGCUGUCGGAGUUAAAUUAGCUGCGUCGUCAUCAUCGAAUCUUUUUGUAUGAGCCAACCCUCACGCUCCGCGUUUAUAGAUAUAAAUUUGAAGAAGACCUGUUCUAUUACUUCUUUUGUGUUAAGUGUUUGUGCAGCUAUGAUUCCGUAUUAAAUAGCAUAGAUUAUAAGCUUGUAAAGUUUUAUAUGAAAGUGCGGGACCUAUAUAGCUUAUGUUGGCAGAGUUAUGUAAGAGUUUAUAUUUGCAAGUAAACUUAAAAUAAUAACUUGAUUUAGCUCGAAUGAUGCGAAAGGCUUUAAUGGCAUCACCGCAGUUGUAGAUUGUGUUGACUUCAAAUUUUGGUAAAGCGUAAUGUAAGUAGGUUGGAUGUAUGGUAAUUUUUAAUUAUUAUUAUGUUAAUUUAGUAAAAUGUUCCUAUUGCUAUUAAAAAGCCUAUAAAUUUUGGAUACGGCUGAUGUUUUGCGUUUAAUCUUCCGAAAUCCAGCUCCUAAUUUCACCGGGUAUCGUAAAUUUUUUAUUUUAUUAAUAAUGCAAAUUUAUUUCCCGAUGGCUUUCCCAGAUAUAAUUCUUUUUAUCUCAAAUAAUUAUGAAUAAAGUGCUAUCCGUUUAUUUCGAAGAUUUAUUUAUAAAUCUUUAGAAUAUUUAAAGUCGUACAAGUAAAUGUUAUUAACAGUAUAUUUUACCUAAUAGCUUGGUCUAAAGUAAUUAUACACUUUUGAGUUUUCAAUUUAAAAGGAGUACCUAUUUAGGAGCACCUUGUUGUUAUUUUUAAAUAAGGUGACAGCUAUAAUAAUUACGACAAUAUUUAAUACAAAAGAUACUAAGAUUACAAUAGAACCAAAUUCUAUAGACUUAAGAUUUUGGUGCCAAAGAUUGUCCAAAUAUUUCUGGCGUAUCUUUUGAUUGCAUUCCCCAAAUGAGCCAUGGAAAUGCCAAAUAUGAGAAAAAAUAAUUCUUAUUUUUAAGUGACUACCGAUUUGUAACUUUAUAGGAUAUUUUCAAUUUGAAUGUAUAUUAAGAUGUCGACUGGAAUCUUAUAUCUGUACAUAUAACGGUAAAAUGCAAUUUAGUUUUAAGUUAAGCUUUCUAGAUCGUUCUAUUUUUCGUUGUGAAUUCUGUUACCAUAGCCUCAAGCUCAAGAAAACACAUAUCGUUGUAAUACAGGUAUGUAUGUGAUAUCUUUUGUAUAUCUAUUUAUAAGAUUUUUGUAGCAUCUUGUUGUGUCAAUAAUUAGGUAUCGCGCCUCAUACAAGAAUUCAAUGCAAUCAAUGUCCAUAUAGGUACUAUUAAUUUUUCUGGAGAUGUUAGUACUAUAAUAUCAUUGGUUUUCAUAAUUUCAUCGAGCGUUGUAAAAUUAUUUAUUUUGGAUUUGUUUUGUGAUUUUGAUCUCAGCAAAAUUAUUGUUACCUGUUAGAUCUUUACUAGUUUAAUUAUUGUUUUCUCGUACUAUAAGAAAAACAUUAUUAUCCUAUAUAUAAUUUAUGCUAGAUUAAAUUGAAUUAAUAUCUACUUAAUUAAUAUUGUAAUCAGUUUUUCUAUUAUCCUGUUGUAUAAUCAUAGUUAUUGGAGGCUUACUGAAUACAUUAGGAGCUGACUUGCCAAAGAAGUGUCUACAGGUAAAUUUCAUCAAGUUAAUUAUGUAAUUGUUUUAGAGCAUACUGGGGUGCAAAAUGUCGUGUAUUAUUUUGGUUGUUAAUAAACUUUAAAUAAUCA